GGAGACGUCGACAACAUGAAACUGCUUCUCGUCUCAGCGCUUCUGGGGUGCCUCGCUACAGCGUAUGCUGCCCCAGCUGAGAGAAAUGUGAAAUGGUGCGUAACGUCGAACCAAGAGUUGCAGAAAUGCAAGGAUCUUGAAGCAAAGGCGGCCCAGUUUUCAUGCGUAAAGAGGGACGAUUCUUUUGAAUGCAUCAAAGCCAUCAAGGGGGGUGAGGCUGAUGCCAUCACUCUGGAUGGAGGAGAUAUUUACAUAGCUGGCCUCCACCCCCACAACCUGCAGCCCAUCAUUGCAGAGGACUAUGGUGAGGACUCUGACAUCUGCAAUUAUGCCGUGGCCGUGGCCAAGAAGGGCACUGACUUUGGGUUCAACAACCUCUGUGGCAAGAAGUCCUGCCACACCGGCUUUGGCAUGUCAGCAGGCUGGAACAUUCCCAUCGGUGCCCUGGUGACUGAGGGCCAGAUCAAAUGGGCCGGCAUCGAUGACAAACCUGUGGAGUCGGCGGUGAGUGACUUCUUCAAUGCCAGCUGUGCUCCAGGAGCCCCUAAGGGUUCUAAACUGUGCCAGCUGUGUAAGGGAGACUGCUCCAAGUCUCACAAGGAGCCCUACUAUGACUACGCCGGGGCCUUCCAGGGGGCCUUCAUUUAUCAAGGUGGCUGUGCACAAAAAAUACUAAAAUUGAGUCUUCCCUCUGCCUCUGAGACGUCCGAGAUCCUGGUUAGGGAGGUUUUCAGGGCCACGGGUUGCCCAGUGACAUCGUUUCCGACCUGUUUCCUCCUCAGGUCACAUGAUGAACAUCAACAAAAUCACACAAAAAUGUGUGCUAACUCAUUUGUGCUCAAACACGGCUUCAACCUGUUCUCUUCCGAUGGUUAUGCAGCCAAGAACCUGAUGUUCAAGGACUCCACCAAGAAACUAGUGCAGCUGCCCAUGAACACUGACUCCUUCCUCUACCUGGGAGCUGAGUACAUGAGCACCAUCCGCUCCCUGACGAAAGCGCAGGCCACAGGUUCCAUCUCCAGGGCCAUGAAAUGGUGUGCCGUGGGCCAUGCCGAGAAGACCAAGUGUGAUGCCUGGACAAUCAACAGCGAAGGAAACGGUGGAUCCAUGAUUGAAUGCCAGGACGCACCCACAGUGGAGGAAUGCAUCAAGAAGAUCAUGCGUAAAGAGGCAGAUGCCAUAACGGUGGAUGGUGGGCAGGUGUACACUGCUGGAAAAUGUGGUCUGGUCCCUGUCAUGGUGGAGCAGUAUGAUGCAGCUCUGUGCAGCACCCCUGGUGAGGAUUCAUCCUACUAUGCGGUGGCGGUGGCAAAGAAGGGCUCUGGGGUGAACUGGAACAACCUGAAGGGCAAGAGGUCAUGCCACACCGGCUUGGGCAGAACCGCAGACUGGAACAUACCCAUGGGUCUCAUCCACAACAAGACUAACAACUGCGACUUCACUAAGUACUUCAGUAAGGGCUGUGCUCCUGGAUUUGAGAAGAGGUCUCCCUUCUGUGCCCAGUGUAAGGGCAGUGGGAAGGCCGUGGGAGAUGAGGACAAGUGCAAAGCUAAUGCUGAUGAGCAGUACUACGGCUACGCUGGAGCCUUCAGAUGUCUGGUUGAAAAUGCUGGAGAUGUUGCCUUCAUAAAACACACUAUUGUACCAGAGAACAGCGAUGGUAAUGGUCCAACUUGGGCAAAGGGCCUUAAGUCCACUGACUUUGAACUACUCUGCCAGGACGGUACUACCCAGCCAAUCACCAAUUUCCGUGAUUGCCACCUGGCCAAGGUGCCCGCCCACGCCGUGAUAACAUGCCCAGAGACCCGCGGAAUGGUGGUGUCCUUCCUUCUGGAGCAGCAGGCCAAGUUCGGCUCUAGUGGCAGCGAUCCCUCAUUUAAAAUGUUCCAGUCGUACAAUGGAAUGAACCUGCUCUUCAAGGAUAAUACAAAGUGUCUCCAGGAGAUCCCAAGAGAACGCAACUACCAGGAUUUCCUUGGGGAAGAGUACAUGAUCGCCAUGCAAUCACUCAGGAAGUGCUCUGACAGUACCUCAGAUCUGGAGAAGUCAUCCACUUUCCAUUCCUGCCAGCAGAAGCAGUAGUGGAGCUCACCUUUGUGGCAAACACACACUCGCUCUCUGUCACGA